UCGACGCCCCAGCGUCCAUAAAAAGAAUUUCAGGCGAAGCCGUUGACGACCAUCGCCACCGACCGACCAUCUCUUCCGCCGGCGACGUCGCUCCGAUCUCCGCCCUGCUGCGCAUGCCCCCCGCGGUGUGUUCCUUCAUCAUCGCCGCGCAAAAGCGCAUUCCGUGAAUCACAUCUGAGAGAGAGAGAGAGAGAGAGAGGAUGAGGUGGAAUGGAGAUCGCUGGCCGACGAUGGAUCUGCUCCGGUCCGAGCCAAUGCAGUUGGCUCAGCUCAUCAUCCCCAUCGAAUCGGCUCGUCGGACCGUCUCCUACCUCGGCGAUCUCGGCCUCUUCCAAUUCAAAGACCUUAAUGCAGACAAGAGCCCCUUCCAGAGGACGUAUGCUGCCCAGAUGAAAAGGUGUGGAGAGAUGGCACGCAAGCUACGUUUUCUAAGGGAGCAAAUGAUAAAGGCUGGUUUGUCGACAUCAACAAGGCCUUCGUCAGGCACUGAUGUAAAUGUGGAAAACUUGGAGGCGAAACUCGGAGAACUUGAAGCAGAAAUUAUUGAAAUGAAUGCAAACAACGAACAGUUACAACGCACCUAUGCUGAAUUAUCGGAAUAUAAGCUCGUUCUUCAGAAGGCUGGCGAGUUUUUUCAUUCAACUAAAAGCAUUGCUGCAGUUCAACAACGAGAACUCGAAGCAGAGUCUCUUGGUGAAGGAUCCAUUGACAGUCCCUUGUUAUUAGAGCAAGAAAUGGUGACGGAUCCUUCCAAGCAAGUUAAGUUGGGUUUUGUCAGUGGCCUGGUGCAGAGAGACAAAUCAACAGCUUUUGAAAGAAUUUUGUUCCGUGCAACAAGGGGAAAUGUGUUUUUGAAGCAAGCCACUGUUGAAGAGCCCAUUAGAGAUCCUGCCUCUGGAGAAAAGGUUGAGAAAAAUGUAUUUGUUAUCUUCUACAGUGGAGAGAGAGCAAAGAACAAAAUCAUGAAAAUAUGUGAAGCAUUUGCAGCAAAUCGGUAUCCAUUUGCAGAUGAUAUAGGCAAGCAAUUUCAAAUGAUAACAGAGGUGUCUGGAAGACUCUUGGAGUUGAAGACAACUAUCGAUGUGGGGCUAUUACACCAAGCAAGUCUGCUUCAGGACAUUGCUCAUCAAUUUGAGCACUGGAGCCUUCUGGUGAAAAAGGAAAAAUCCAUAUAUCAUACUCUAAAUAUGCUAAGCAUCGAUGUGACCAAGAAAUGUCUAGUUGCAGAAGGUUGGUGUCCAGUUUCUGCAACCACUCAGAUUCAAAAUGCGCUGCAAAGGGCAACCUUAGACUGCAACUCACAAGUGGGAGCAAUAUUUCGUGUUCUGCAUACCGAGGAAUCACCACCUACUUACUUCUGUACAAAUAAAUUUACUACUGCUUUUCAAGAAAUCGUUGAUGCAUACGGAGUAGCCAAAUAUCAGGAAGCAAAUCCCGGUGUCUACACGAUUAUCACCUUUCCUUUCCUUUUUGCUGUAAUGUUCGGUGAUUGGGGCCAUGGCAUAUGCUUGCUUAUGGCAACUUUGUACUUUAUCUUCAGAGAAAAGAAGCUUUCUAAUCAGAAACUUGGGGACAUAACAGGGAUGAUAUUUGGUGGUCGUUAUGUCAUCCUGAUGAUGGCCCUGUUCUCGAUCUAUACUGGACUGAUAUACAAUGAAUUCUUUUCUGUCCCAUUUGACAUAUUUGGGCCCUCUGCCUAUGCUUGUCGAGAUCUCUCUUGCAGGGAUGCAUCUACCCAGGGAUUAAUAAAAGUUCGUGCUACUUAUCCAUUUGGUGUUGAUCCAGUGUGGCAUGGUAGUCGAAGUGAGUUACCCUUUCUCAACUCACUGAAGAUGAAGAUGUCUAUUUUACUGGGAGUUGCCCAGAUGAAUCUGGGAAUUGUGCUGAGCUACUUCAAUGCUAGAUUCUUUGCAAAUGAUCUGAACAUCCGGUACCAAUUCGUUCCCCAAAUGAUUUUCUUGAAUAGCCUGUUUGGCUACCUGUCACUCCUUAUAAUAGUCAAAUGGUGCACUGGAUCACAAGCAGAUCUGUACCAUGUAAUGAUAUAUAUGUUCUUGAGUCCUAUGGAGGACCUAGGUGAAAACCAGCUUUUUGUUGGCCAAAAAUUUCUUCAGGUUAUGUUACUUUUGUUGGCCCUGGCUGCAGUUCCAUGGAUGUUGUUCCCCAAGCCUCUUAUCUUGAAGAAGCAACAUGAGGAAAGGCACAAAGGGCAACAAUAUGCAAUCCUUCACAGUGUCGAUGAUCCUCUCGAGAUGGAUCUCCAUUCCGAUUCCCAUGGGCACGAGGAAUUUGAGUUCAGUGAGGUCUUCGUCCACCAACUUAUACAUACCAUUGAGUUCGUACUCGGAGCAGUUUCUAAUACGGCUUCUUACCUACGGUUAUGGGCUCUUAGUCUGGCCCAUUCGGAGCUGGCCAGUGUAUUCUAUGACAAAGUUUUACUCCUUGCAUGGGGGUUCAAUAACACCCUCGUGCUCAUUAUUGGCAUCAUCGUCUUUAUCUCUGCCACUGUCGGUGUGCUACUAGUGAUGGAAACUUUAAGCGCAUUCUUACAUGCUUUGCGACUUCACUGGGUGGAGUUCCAAAACAAGUUCUACGAGGGAGAUGGUUAUAAGUUCCAACCCUUUUCAUUCGCAUUACUAAGUGAGGAGGAUGAAUGACACAUCGAGUACAGCUUUUGGCGGACAGGAGACAAAACUUUGUUGUAUUGUGUUCAUGUUGUAGAUAUCCAUUGAUCCAUUCUUUUAAUGAAGUUCAUCCAGAAGCUUGAACAGCUAGUGCCGGGGGACAAAGAACACGAUGCAGCAAACUUGGUAGACCUUGGCCUCUUUGCUCUCCACUCCAUUGUGGUUAUACACGCUAACAGAAUCGCCGAUCCAGCUAUCAAAGUCCUUGAGGUUUGUGGCUAAUCGUUCAAUAUUCAUCGUAGGUAUUUUAGCUUUGUGAUGUUAUACAACCACAUAAUACGACCAAGGUCUAUCCAAUUGGGUCUAAUCACGGUAUUUUCAUUUUUAUA